AAGCCACGGCCAGGUGCUGGACAAACAGCUCCUUCAACAACACAAGACCAAAGUCAGCAAAAUGGAGAAAGUCAAAUAAAAAAAACGGAGCAGCUAAAGGACUCAUCCAGUCCACUGGUGGCGCUUGACUAAAGAAUGGGGAACCGCAGAAGAAGAGUCGAUGUCAAAGAGGGGAAGAAGAAGAAGAAGAAGAAGAAGAAGAAGAAGAAACGGUGGCGUUCGCAAUGGCGUCGAUUUGGCUGCGAAAAUAAACAUUGCGAGUGGCGAUCGCUGCGAUUUAUCUGUUGUCACAGAAAGGAAACAUCUGUCUCCAUAUUUGUGUCCUUCGGGGGAGUUCCGUCGGUAUCGGUGUCGCAGCCUUCGUUCUCGUUGAUUCCUGUACGUGAGCAAGGUUCGUUUCCCCGAUUGCUAACGAUGCCGCUGGGCUUGAAACCAUGCUGUGCCGUUUGCAAGACGAACUCCUCCUCGAUGUGGAAGAAGGGAAACCAGGGAGAGAUCCUCUGCAACAACUGCACGGGAAAGAGCAGCAGCAGCAGCAGCAGUAGCGGCGGCGGCGUUGGUGGAGGCGCGUCAGGCCCCUCCAUGUCCUCCAUCACUCUGCCCAGCAACGGCGGGGGAAAGCAGUCCAAGCAGGAGAUCCACAGAAGGUCUGCGCGUUUGAGAAGCACCAAGUACAAAGCUCCUGCAUCUGAGAAGAAGGUGUCAACAAAAGGAAAAGGAAGAAGACACAUAUUCAAACUUAAAAAUCCAAUCAAAGCACCAGAAUCUGUAGCAACAAUCAUCACAUCAGAAUCAGUUUUUUAUAAGGGGGUUUACUACCAGUCAGGAGAUGUGAUCAAAGUAACAGAUGAGGAAGACGGGAAGCCGUACUAUGCUCAGAUCCGAGGAUUUGUGCAGGACCAGUACUGUGAAAAGAGUGCUGCACUCACCUGGUUAAUCCCAACACAGGCGAGCCCAAAGGACCUGUUUGAUCCUGGGACAUACAUCGUUGGUCCAGAGGAGGAUCUGCCCAGAAAGAUGGAGUACCUGGAGUUUGUGUGUCACGCCCCUUCUGAAUAUUUCAAGUCCCGGAGCUCUCCGUUCCCAACCAUCCCCAUCCGACCAGAAAAAGGUUACAUCUGGACCCACAUAGGACCGACACCGACCCUCACUGUCAAGGAGUCUGUCAGUGGCAGCAGUUAGCACAGCUGUGCUAUGGACUUCAGUUUGUUGCUUUUAAACAGACAUAUAUGUACAUUUAUGUAAUAUAAUGAAAAUAUGAAGUGGUUUAACCUCUGCCGUUACUUCAUAAACCAGCUGUUUUUCUGAAAAAUUGUACACAUAUUAUUUUGUAUAUAGUGCAGUGUUUCCCCUAAGUUUACAACUUCAACUACAAGCGCGGGGGUAGUAGUUGGGCUAGAGACUCUGGCGCUUCUGCAACAUUCGUGACAUAUUUAUGUCAGGGUGGGACUGUUGUGCAUGGAAAAAUAGCAAAAAAUACUUUUUUUCAGGGUUAUAAUGGUAGGGGAAACACUGUAGUUUAAAACAUAAAAGCUCUUCUUCACCAUCCUUUUGUCUGAUUGUUUCAGAAAAUGGUAUUUAUUCAUUAAGUUUCUGUCUUAUAAUUUUUCCCUUUGUGAAUUAAACUGUAAUAAUGACGACAA